CAUGAGAAGUGUGCACUGGCAGUGUCUUGCAGCAUUCUCUCUCUCUUCUGCUUCCUAGUCAGUGUGACAUAGACACUUUUGCUUCUCUUGGUAGUAGUAGACUGCUGCUUUAAAGAAGUGUGUGGACACUUAUCUCUUCCACCGAUGCAGUUUGUAGCUUGCCAAUCCUUUUUGAUUUUAGUUCAUUGAUUUAACACUUCAGGUUGAUCUUUGAUUUAUUUUUCAUCUUUAGCUUUAGUAGUGGACUGUUUUUAUGUACUAGCUGAACAAUAUUUCCAGACCUGCAUCAUUGAAGCUCUUGUGGUCUUAAGUGCUGUUGGAUUUUCUCGAAGUUUCAAAGUCCCUCCCCAGGGUCUGUGAAUGAUGCAAGACUUCUGGGGAGAGGUCGUUAAUCUAAGGACCAUCAGGGGAGCUACAAGAUUCUCGGGCAAUGAUGAGGAAGCUGUUGUUGAUCAGGGGAAAACCAGCUCUACCAUCCACACAAACUUUGAAAAAGAGGAACUUGAAAGUCACAGGGCAGUUUACGUGGGCGUACAUGUUCCUUUUGGAAGACAAAGCAGGCGUAGACAUCGCCACCGUGGUCACAAGCACCAUCGGAAAAGGAAGGACAGAGGGUGCGACCGAGAGGAUGGGAGAGAAUCUCCAGUAUACGACACUCCCUCACAGAGGGUCCAGUUUAUCCUCGGCACUGAGGAUGAUGAUGAGGAGCAUAUUCCUCAUGAUCUCUUCACUGAGCUCGAUGAGCUGUCCUUCCGUGAUGGACAUGCUUACGAGUGGAAGGAGACGGCCAGGUGGUUGAAGUUUGAGGAGGAUGUCGAGGAUGGAGGAGAGCGCUGGAGUAAGCCCUACGUUGCUACACUUUCCCUGCACAGCCUGUUUGAGUUACGGAGCUACAUUCUCAAUGGCACAGUCAUGCUGGACAUGAGAGCAAACACUAUUGAGGAUAUUACCGACAUGGUAUUAGACAACAUGGUGGCUUCUGAGCAGCUAGACGAGAGUUUGAGGGAGAAGGUUCGGGAUGCCGUGCUGAAGAGACAUCACCACCAGAAUGAGAAGAAACUCAGCAAUCGCAUCCCGCUCGUGCGCUCCUUCGCCGACAUAGGCAAGAAACAUUCAGACCCGCACUUGCUUGAGAGGAAUGGGGAGGGUUUCUCAGCUUCCCAUCUGUCCCUCCUUAGACGUACCUCCUCCACCUCUAUUCCCCCCAGAUCGCGCUGUCCCUCCAGAGAGUCUUGCGGUUCCCGUUUCUCCAUCAUUCUCAACCAGCUACUGACGAGUGCCAAUUCCUCCCCUCAAAACACGCCGCCCACUGCCCACCACGCUUCAUCAUCUCUCCGCUCCCCAGAACCCUCUAAGCAGGGACCAGAGCUGCUGGUGUCACGGGGAUGGAGAGGGGACAUUCCAGAGGUUGUGGUUUUCCCACCCGAAGAGGAGGAGGAUGAUCCGCAGUCAUGGUUUUCCACCACUCAGGAAAAGCGAGUGGUGCAUGACCCGGCCAGGCUGGCACAGCUCUUGUCCCCACCGCAGUCAGGCCUUCUUGCAUCCCCCCAGUCGGCCCCGGGGAACCUGGAGAACAGUAAACCCAGUGAAAGCCGUAUGAACGGUGGCGGUGGCAGCAGGGAGAACAGCACUGUGGACUUUAGCAGGGACAGCCAAUCACCUUUUCACUGUAGUUGUGGCUCUCUGGGAGGGUGCGGAAAAAGGCCUGCAGUGGACAUGAAUUUCAUGAAGAAAAUUCCUCCAGGCGCUGAGGCUUCAAAUGUUUUGGUGGGGGAGGUUGAUUUCCUUGAGCGUCCAAUCAUUGCUUUUAUCCGUCUCUCACCUGCUGUUCUUCUCACCGGACUGACUGAAGUGCCUGUUUCAACAAGAUUUCUCUUCUUGUUGUUGGGACCUUCCGGUAAAGGGGGCCAAUACCAUGAGAUUGGCAGGUCAAUAGCUACUUUAAUGACAGAUGAGAUCUUUCAUGAUGUAGCAUACAAAGCCAAAGACAGAAAUGACCUUCUGUCUGGCAUAGACGAGUUCUUGGACCAGGUGACAGUGCUGCCUCCAGGAGAAUGGGACCCAACGAUACGAAUCGAGCCGCCAAAGAGCGUCCCAUCUCAGGAGAAGAGGAAGAUGCCUUCCAUGCCUAAUGGCUCUUCUCCACUAUCAGAGAUUAUCAAAGAAGAGGAACACCACACUGGUCCUGAACUCCAGAGGACAGGACGGAUAUUUGGGGGUCUGGUGUUAGAUGUUAAGAGGAAAGCUCCGUUUUACUGGAGCGAUGUGCGAGAUGCUCUCAGCCUGCAGUGUCUGGCCUCCAUCCUUUUCCUCUAUUGUGCCUGCAUGUCCCCUGUCAUCACCUUCGGAGGCCUUCUGGGGGAAGCCACCAAAAACAACAUAAGUGCCAUUGAGUCUCUGUUUGGAGCUUCACUCACUGGUGUGGCCUUCUCCUUGUUUUCUGGUCAGCCUCUCACUAUCCUGGGCAGCACUGGGCCAGUUCUAGUCUUUGAGAAGAUUCUGUUUAAGUUCUGUAGUGACUACGGCCUGUCCUACCUCCCUCUGCGCACUAGCAUUGGCCUGUGGACGGCCUUCUUGUGCAUUUUGUUGGUUGCCACAGACGCCAGCUCUCUAGUGUGCUAUAUAACAAGAUUCACAGAGGAAGCCUUCGCUGCUCUCAUCUGCCUCAUUUUCAUUUAUGAGGCCUUGGAGAAACUCUUCCAGCUGGGAGAGAUGUUCCCUUUCAACAUGCACGACAAUUUGGACAACCUCACGUUUUACACAUGUCAGUGUUCACCUCCAUCCAAUAUCACAGAAAAGAUGCUUCAGGCAUGGAAUCAGUCGGAUUUUAAUCCUGAGACCAUAAACUGGAGUGAGCUUGAUGUGCCAGAUUGCAAGAAACUCCAUGGCGAGUUUGUGGGUCCUGCUUGCGGGCAUAAUGGCCCGUACAUCCCUGACGUAUUGUUCUGGUCUGUCAUUCUGUUCUUCACCACUUUCUUCCUGUCAUCCUUCCUCAAGCAGUUCAAGACCAAGCGCUAUUUCCCCACUAAGGUCCGCUCUUCAAUCAGUGACUUUGCAGUUUUUCUUACCAUCAUGAUUAUGGUCUUGGUUGAUUACUUGGUGGGCAUCCCCUCUCCUAAACUACACGUCCCAGAUACCUUUGAGCCCACCUCUAAGAGCCGGGGCUGGCUGAUCUCUCCUCUGGGCGAUAACCCCACAUGGACGUUGUUUGCAGCAGCCAUUCCUGCCCUUCUGUGCACCAUCCUCAUCUUCAUGGAUCAGCAGAUCACCGCUGUCAUCAUCAACCGUAAAGAACACAAGCUCAAGAAAGGCUGUGGGUAUCAUCUUGACCUGCUGGUGGUGGCCGUGAUGCUCGGCGUGUGUUCUGUGAUGGGCUUGCCCUGGUUUGUCGCUGCCACCGUCCUCUCCAUCUCUCAUGUCAACAGUUUAAAGGUGGAGUCGGAGUGCUCGGCCCCGGGAGAACAGCCCAAAUUUUUGGGUAUUCUUGAGCAGAGAGUUACUGGGCUCAUGAUCUUCGUGCUUAUGGGUCUGUCUGUCUUCAUGACAUCUAUUCUAAAGUUUAUCCCAAUGCCUGUGUUGUAUGGAGUGUUCCUCUACAUGGGUGUUUCCUCACUCAAAGGCAUACAGUUCUUUGACCGUAUUAAGCUGUUUGGGAUGCCUGCAAAGCACCAGCCUGACUUGAUCUACCUGAGAUAUGUGCCGCUGUGGAAGGUUCACAUAUUCACAAUAGUUCAGCUCACCUGCCUGGUACUGCUGUGGGUCAUCAAAGCUUCUGCUGCCGCGGUGGUUUUCCCUAUGAUGGUUCUUGCUCUGGUAUUUGUGAGGAAGCUUCUGGAUUUCUGCUUUUUGAAGAGGGAGCUUAGCUGGUUGGAUGACCUUAUGCCAGAAAGCAAGAAGAAAAAGGAAGAUGACAAAAAGAAAAAGGCAAAGGAGGAAGCACAGCGCAUGAUGGAGGCUGAAGGAGCAAUGGAGGUCCCCUAUGAUAAUGGUGAUCACCUGGAAAUCCCUGUGAAGAGCCUUAAAGUCAGCACUGACCCCUCUAUGGUUAACAUAUCUGAUGAGAUGGCCAAAACUGCUGUGUGGAAAGCUGUUGCCAUGAGCUCUGACAGUGCCAAAGUAUUGAAACCUAGUGCCAGAGAAGAGAAGAUGGUUUGUAUUAAGAUCAAUGUGGAAGACGAGCAAGGGGAUAAAUGUGUGGAUACAGAGACGUCUUUAUGAUAGACAGACUUUGAGAGCUCACUGUGGACACUUGCAGGGCCCUUCUCAGAGUCCUCUAGUCUGGAACAGUGUUGCUCUGUUCUGUGUGCCCUACCAACCUGCCUAAGUCCAGCCAAAGGUAGAGAUGCCCGACAGAGGGCUGAGAAAUGACUUCCAGGUCAAACCAACAAACCUUUUUAUUUUGUACUUUUAUUUUUUAAUAUGAAUAAAGCACCAUGAUUUCUGGCAUAUACUGUAGGGUAUGUUAUGUAGAACUCAAGACUCUUAGGUUUCAUAUUUUUAUUUCAUUUAUUUUUUCUUGAGAUAGAUAUGAAGACGAAGUCUUUUAGAAUUAGUUUUAACCUCCAAAAUCUUAUUUCUCAUGGUACCACAGUUUUCAGAUUAUCACCCUGGAUGUUUUUCAAGUACAUUAAAAUGCUGUUUGUUGCA